CCAGCUAUUUGGCCUUUUGGCCAUAAGUAUGGCUUUUCAAGUAAAUCCUUUUAUUUCGACUGGCAUACCCAGCAACUCCAAAAUUGAAAUAGGACCGUUUCAAAAAAUCGGGGAUGGUUAUUAUUAUAUUGAAAGUAAUGAUGCCACAAAUUGGUAUGAAGCCUACGAGAAAUGUCGUCGCUUAGAUGCCGACUUAAUAACGUUUGAAACCGUGGCCGAGUGGGAUGCCAUUGUCAAAUAUUUAAACGAUCGUGGCGAUAAAAGGGAGUAUUGGACGUCGGGCAACGAUUUGGCCAAUAAAGGCAAACACAAUUGGUUUACAAAUGCCAAACCGAUUGAUAUUAACAAAUGGGCAGGUGGACAACCCGACAAUGACAAAGGCCGCGAGCAUUGCAUUCAUUUGGGCUAUGUCUAUAAGACCUCAACCAAAUACGAACUGAACGAUCGUCCCUGUUCGAAUCAGGACAAUAACAGCCGUUUCCGCUACAUUUGUGAAAAACCACAGCCAAUAUCUGCUUCCUUUAUUCUGUGGUAAUCCAAUCAAUCGAACCUUUUUACAUUAAUCAAUGAU